AUAGUAUAAAAUGUAUUUUAUAUUAAGUCAUACAAAAACGUAUUUUAAAUUUGUGCAUUCUACAUGUUAAAAAUAUGAUUUCAUUUCACACAUCUUGAUUAAAUUAUAAAUUAAAACUAUAGUGAUUUAAACGUAACAAAAUAAAUUAACUAAAUAAAAAAUACCAUUAAAAAUUAAAAGACAAUGUGAUUUAUAAAAAUCAUUUAUGUGAUUAAUCAAUAGUGUUUUUCUGCGUGAAACUUAUGAAGUUGUAGGGAAUGAACUCUGUGACCCCGCAUCUGUCUGCCCGCCGCCUGACGUCACUGUGUUGCCGGAGGAGCGCACCGCGCGCUCAAGCGCACGCGGCGUUCGUUUGCGCCUUUUUUCGUUCCUGUCGCCGACACGUGAAAGCAAAAUCUAAUUGAAAAAAAAAAAAGCCUCCACCAAAGAGGGCGAAGACAUGCUGUUGUCCUUACAACUCCACCUUCCAAACAGAACCGUGUCCCUUUAAAAACGUCUGACAAAAAAAGCCCAUAUGAUCCCCGAGCUCCAAUCACCAAUUCCUUCUGCAAAAGCUGCUCCUGCAUUUUUGUCUGUCUGAUCGCCACAGCAGCACGGGGGGAAAAAGGUCUGAGGAGGAGGCAACCACUGGAGAAAUGUGACAAUCCCACGAGCAUUUUCAUGGCGAGGGAGAAACGGGAUCGAAAGGAGUUAUUCUUGGACUCCUUCGAGCAUCGAGACGCUGGAUCAAAAUGCUCAUAGUGGAGAAGACCACAGAUUUCCCCUCUGCUGAGUUCUCUCUGGUGGAGGAUGUAGCUCUGCACUUUACCUGUUUGAUGGACAGGCUGAAUGAGCAGCGCCUCUUCCAACCUGACCUGUGUGAUGUCGACAUUGUUCUGGUGCGCCAGCACAGCACCUUUCCGGCUCACAAGGGCGUUCUGGCAGCCUACAGCCCUUUCUUCCACUCUCUUUUUGCCCAAAGCAAACAGCUGCAGCGCGUGGACCUGUCUCUGGACGCCCUGACAUCCCAGGGCCUGCAGCAGAUCCUCAACUUCAUUUACACCUCCAAGCUUCUGGUCAGCAGCUGCACCGUCCGCGAUGUGCUCAAUGCCGCCACCCUGCUCCAGAUGACUGACAUUGCAGCCUCCUGCCGGGACCUCAUCAGCAGCCACUCGCUUAGAACCCCUUGCACAGAUAUGGUCAGUCAGGAAGAGGUUGGCAGCAGUGACCCUACUGCUCUGAUGAUGCCCCCCAGCCAGCUGUACAGGGAGAUCAAACAAGAAUCAGAGGUUGGUAGAGUGUACAAAAGAGAAGGCAGCACGCCGUUGACAGUCAGAGUGGAGGAUGCAGCCAAGACAACUCCUCAGAUAAAGCAAUACUACCAGGAAGAGGAGUGUGCAGGAGGCGGAGCCAGCUCGGGCGUGGUCACUUUGUGUAAAGUGGAGGGCAACGGGGACGAUUCAAAGACAGCUGAUGGCCACACAUCCUUCAACAGAGACCAGAUCAUCGUGGAAGUCAACCUCAACAACCAAACGCUUAAUGUGUCAAAGGGGUCAGAGGGCAAAUCGAACCCAGCUGCAGAGGGGAUGUUCCGCCAUCGACGUGCCAGCAAGCCUGACUCAGAGGCUGAUGAGGAGAAUGAAGGAGGGAGUGAAGUUGGUGAAGAAGACGAGGAGGAUCUAAAGAAGGGUGACAUAGCAAGGCAAAGCUGUGAGGAGGAAGACGAGGAGGAGGAGGAGGAUGAAGAAGAGGAGGAGAACACUUUGAACAUUCCAGGUUUGGAGCAUCCAGCCAUGCUUGAUCGGCCUCGCCGAGGCAGCAGAGCAGUAGGUAUGGCGGGCUCCACUGCGGCUAUGCGGCAGACGCUCGCAGAGGCCUCGAUGGCCAACCAGCGGCAUGGCGGGAGGAGGAUGCUGGAGGCAGAGGGCCCUGGCCAGAAGGUGAGGCUGGAGGAGAAGCAGCACUUCCCAUGUAAGAAAUGCCCUCGCAUCUUCAAUAAUCGCUGGUACCUGGAAAAACACAUGAACGUCACCCACAACCGCAUGCAGAUCUGCAACAACUGCGGGAAGCGCUUUCUUUUAGAGAGUGAGCUGCUGCUGCACCAACAGACCGACUGCGAGAAGAGCAUCCAGUGUGUCACGUGUGGAAAGGCAUUCAAGAAGCUGUGGUCGUUGCACGAGCACAACAAGAUCGUCCACGGAUAUGCAGAAAAGAAGUUCUCAUGCGAGAUCUGUGAGAAGAAAUUUUACACUAUGGCUCAUGUCAGGAAGCACAUGGUUGCACAUACGAAGGACAUGCCAUUCACCUGUGAGACGUGUGGGAAGUCGUUCAAGCGAAGCAUGUCCCUGAAGGUUCACUCACUGCAGCACUCUGGAGAGAAACCCUUCAAGUGUGAGAACUGCAGCGAGCGUUUCCAGUACAAAUACCAGCUGCGCUCCCACAUGAGCAUCCACAUCGGACACAAGCAGUUCAUGUGCCAGUGGUGUGGAAAGGAUUUCAACAUGAAGCAGUACUUCGAUGAACACAUGAAGACACACACUGGAGAGAAGCCGUACAUCUGUGAGAUCUGUGGGAAGAGCUUCACGAGCCGGCCCAACAUGAAGCGUCACCGGCGCACCCACACUGGAGAGAAGCCGUAUCCCUGUGAGGUGUGCGGCCAGCGCUUCCGCUUCUCAAACAUGCUGAAGGCCCACAGGGAGAAAUGCUUCCAUGUCAGCAGCCCCAUGGUCACCGACUGCAACGACCCUCUUGGGCUGGACCGGACUCUGGCCUCCCCUGCCGUGGACAAUUCCUGUCAUUUGGGGACAGCAACAACCCCAACCACUGCCGGCCAAAGCCCACAACCCCUCCACAGCACCCAGAUGUCUUUCCCCCUGCUGCACUCCAUCAGAGGCUUACCGCCAACCUCACACUUACCCCCGCCACCUCCAUUGUUCUCAUCAGGGGGACUCACAGCGGGAAAGAGAUUUGCACAGAUGGAGAACUCAGAACUGCUGCUCUGAAGGCCUCAAAGCAAACAAACACUUUCACUCUAUAGGGAAAUUCUUAUUAUUAUUCACAUUAGAUACUGUAACCUCAGAGUCCAGCAGUUUGUCAUCAUCCUGUUUUCAUUUGAGAUUUUCCAACACAAUUCGCAUCGUUUUGGCGGCUGACUCUGAAUUGCUUCCCUACCCCCGUCGGCUUCUCCCUGCCCCUACAUUUAUCCCUCCAAGCGGAAAGUUAUGGAAAAAAUAGUGUCUUUAAAUUCACUCUUUUAUACCGCUUGAUGAUGUCACCAAUAGUCACUAAUGAGCUACGUUAGCACGGAGCUGCCAGCGCUUGGAAAAUAUACAACAUUGGUUUUAUAACUUUAAAAAGUCACAAGUUACAUGUAAAUGUACACCUCUGUGCUUCAGAGCACACCCACGUGAAGACAUGCGUUUAUCUUUGGCGCCACAAGCGCCCUACUGGGGGAGGGAUAGCCAGCCCUAAGUUGGUGUCAGACACCACUACAGCUUUAAAUGCCCCUACAAUUAGAGCAAUAGGCCAAUAGGGAGGAGCCGUAUGGGUAGGGAAGCAGCUCUGAUUCAGCCAUAGCUUCCUUGUUUAUCAAUCAUGAUCGGAUCAGGAGUGUCUCUGACGCUGCAAUAACCAAACGCCGAUCUGUCUUUGAACAUAAUCCUGUAUGGCAUCACCAAUAACCAAACCCUUUUAGCUUACCUGCUAUAUUUAGAUAUCCUAAUACAAGUGUUUAGAAUUGAACCCGCACCCUACAUUUAACUCCGG